AUGCCAGAAACAACACCCCCUCCAGCCGUCGCGGCGCGUCCAAGCAAGCCUGUGUCUGAAGCUCUUUUGAAUGAGAAGCUGACGCUCACAAAACAGUGGGACAAAUGCCUUUCCUCGUUGUUGAUCCGCUCCUCCCUCGGCCUAUCCUUCGGCGUCGUUUUCUCAGUUCUUUUGUUCAAGCGGAGGGCUUGGCCUGCGUUUGUAGGACUCGGCUUUGGGGCGGGACGGGCGUAUGAGGAGUGUAAUGGGGGAUUCUUGAGGGGUGCCGGGAAAGAGGGUGUCAGGGUUCAAAGACCGUGA